GGUGGUGGUCUGGACUGAAUCCACAACUCGUUACGCUAAUCGCUGCUCAGAUUGGCUCUGAACAACUGACUGAGACUGGAGGCUCCGGGCGCCGGUGAUGCGACGCAGACCGCCGCUGAUGUCUGUGUGCCGUGAUGUGUGUGGCGUCUGAGCAACAGCCCGGAGUGUGUGUGAGUCACUGUGAUCCGAGGUGACAAUCCAGAUAACUGUGGGGCUUACAAUGCACCGACGACCAAACAUGCAAUAGAAUUGAAUGGGAGCUUCUGGGAAAUUCACAGGGAUUCUUCUGUGACAUAUAGCCUAUCGUGCGAUGGAAGUUAAAAAAGGGAUUUUACAUUGCAUUCGAUUCUUAAGUCCUCAGUGACAUUUUAUAAGUGGAAUGGAUUGGCUAUAUUUUCGGGAACGUGUACGAGAAUACCUGUUCGCGCCAACUUUGUUUUUUUCUCUUGAAGAGUGGCUCAAUGUAGAAACUUUAAUGUGGCAUUACACCGGUCCCUAAGAAUGGCGAUGAUGAAGGCGAACUUGAGCUGUCUGGAUAGUUUAUCCCGGGGAAACAACAGCCUCCCCGCCAGGAACACGUCUCCCGGGGUAGCGGCCACCCUCGCCGGCGUGCUGAUCUUCACUACCGUGGCUGAUAUCCUUGGAAAUCUACUGGUCAUCCUGUCCGUGUACAGGAACAAGAAACUGAGGAAUGCAGGUAACAUCUUUGUGGUGAGUCUUUCUGUUGCUGACCUGGUGGUGGCGCUGUACCCCUACCCCUUGGCUCUGUUCGCUAUCUUCCACAAUGGCUGGACAAUGGGCUCCCUGCACUGCCAGCUGAGUGGCUUUGUAAUGGGACUGAGUGUGAUCGGUUCGGUCUUCAACAUCACGGCUAUCGCCAUCAACCGCUACUGCUACAUCUGCCACAGUCUUCGCUACGACCGACUGUAUUCGCGCCGGAACACCUGCCUGUACCUGCUGCUCACCUGGAUGCUAACCGCUUUGGCCACCGUGCCCAACUUCCUUGUGGGCUCCCUAAAAUACGACCCACGCAUCUUCUCCUGCACCUUCACCCAGACAGCAAGCUCCUCUUAUACAGUCUGUGUUGUUCUGAUCCACUUCCUUCUCCCGCUGGGUGUGGUUUCUUUCUGUUACCUGCGUAUAUGGACAUUGGUGAUUAGGGUCAAAAGUCGUGUCCGGCCCAAUCCAAAGGUCAGAGCAGCUGACAUGAGGAAUUUCCUGACGAUGUUUGUGGUGUUCGUACUGUUCGCCGUGUGCUGGGCGCCCCUGAACUUCAUUGGGCUCGCCGUGGCGGUUAACCCUGCAAGAGUGGCGCCCAAUGUCCCGGAGUGGCUGUUUGUUACCAGCUACUUUAUGGCAUAUUUCAACAGCUGUCUGAAUGCUGUUGUCUACGGGUUGCUCAACCAGAACUUUAGGCAAGAGUACAAACAGAUUCUUCAUGCUCUCUGCACCCCAAGAGCGCUGUUCAGUGAAAGUUCCAGGUACAACACUGAAGCCAUGAAGAGUAAACAGUCACCGGCGGGAACUAAUAAUAACGUGAAAGAGACCAACAUGUAUAAGGGCAGAGUAACACAUACUCUUUUCUAGUAGAUCACUCCCCCAUUUACCUUAACAACCACAAUAUAAGGGUACAACAGGCCAAGAGGUGGACCAGGGUAAAAUGUGCAUAUGUUUUUAUUUUCCCAGAUUGCAGCAAAAAUCCCCACAGCACUUUUCUAAUCACCCGCGGUUCUUGAAACACCGGGAAAUUUGGGAUGAUUCUUGAUGUGAUCGUGGGCGAAAAACACAAAGUCAAUUCUGUACUAGGUUUAUCUAAUAUUUAAGGUUUUUAAAA